ACUGGUCUGAUUUUAUCAGCACUAUUAUUUCAAAGGAUGUUGGGAUGAUUAAAGAAGAAAACAAAAACAGUAUGAUAACAAUGUGAAUGAAAAAAAGUGAAAGAUAAAUCGAAAUUUUGUUUUACUUUUUUCAGUCAAAAGUUGUGGUGUUGAACUUUUUUCGAGUAGUAUAUUUUAACAUUUAAAAGCAAUAAAAACGGAACCGAAUAACUACCUACUAUGAGAAUCAAGAAUACUUAUAUUAAUCAUGACAAAACGAAUAGCCGUGAUUGGUGCCGGAGCCAGCGGACUUCCUGCUAUAAAAUGUUGUCUUGAUGAGGGACUGAUCCCAGUCUGUUUUGAAAUAUCAGAGAGAAUAGGUGGAUUAUGGAAUUAUACAACCGAAGCACGAGAUGGACGAGGUACGGUUAUGAAAUCUACGGUCAUCAAUGUCAGCAAGGAACUUAUGGCUUUCAGCGACUUCCCUAUUCCGAAAGAAUUUCCAAUGUUUAUGCACAAUACCCUCGUUCAAAAAUACCUGGAAAUGUAUGCUGAACAGUUCAACCUUCUACGACACGUGCAGUUUCAAAAAGAGGUAGUGUGGUGUGAACCAACCGUUGAUUUUGAGAAAACAGGAAAAUGGACAAUCAAAAUAAAAGAUAUUAAAAGCGGAAAAAUCACCAAUGAAAUAUUUGAUGGUGUUAUGGCGGCUACAGGUCACCAUGCAGUUCCACUUUUACCUGCUUUUGAGGGUCAAUACUCAUUUAAAGGAAGAAGUCUACAUGCCGUGAAGUACAGAGACUCGUUAGAGUUUUCUGGAAAACGUGUACUAAUCAUUGGUAUAGGAAAUUCUGGUGCUGAUAUUGCAUGUGAACUCAGUCGUGUUAGUUCAAAGGUCGUUCUGAGUACUAGAAGUGGAAGUUGGGUUAUUCAGAGGAUAGGAGAUAAAGGGAUGCCAUUUGAUAUGCUUGGGACAACAAGAGCAGUUCAGUACUUCCAAAAAAGUUUGCCUCUCUCAUUAUUGAACAGCUUAACAGAGAGGCAGAUUAACGCACGGUUUGAUCAUGAGAAAUAUGGGCUUAAGCCAAAUUAUCCUCCAAGAGCACAGGACCCCUUAAUCAGUGAUGAAUUUCAUUUGAAAAUAGCAAAUGGACUAGUUCAGAUAAGGCCAAAUGUUAAACAUUUCACCGAAACAAGUGUAGUCUUUGUUGACGGAUCUGUGUAUGAUGAUAUAGACGUUGUAAUAUUUGCGACUGGAUAUAAGAUAGGAUUUCCUUAUGUCGACAAAAAAGUUACGGAAUCUAGAGAUAACGUAGUGGACCUGUAUAAAUUUAUUUUCCCGCCAAAUUUAACUAAACCAACUUUCUCUGUUAUUGGAUGUGUCCAGCCGUUGGGAUCAAUCACUCCAGUAGCAGAACUACAGAGUAGGGUUGCUACACGUGUUUUAAAGGGAGAAGUGCAAUUGCCAACCAGAAAACAAAUGUGGAACCACAUCUACCAGAAAAGACAAGAACUAGUCAAGAAUUAUGCUCAUUCAUUACGUCACACUGUUAUGGUGGAAUUUAUCGAUUAUCUCGAUGAAUUAGCAGAAAUAAUAGGUUGCAAACCUCGACUGUGUAAAUUGUGGCUCACAGAUCCCAAGCUAGCCUAUGCCUGCACGUUUAAUCCAUGUGCAGCAUACCAGUAUCGUCUAAUGGGACCACUUCCAUGGAAAGGAGCGAGAGACGCCAUCUUUACACAAUGGGAGAGAACUCUAUUUCCAUUAAAACACCGAGCCAUGAAAGAACCAUACGAAACACAUAUAUUUCGAUAUUUUGUAGUUUUUUGUACCUUCGUUGUUGCUAUUCUGACAUACAUACUGUUUGCAGGCCAUAUCUAAUCCUUUUGUUUGGUGGAAAAAAAUGUUUAUUAUACUUUCUUCAU